AUGCCCCGGCUUGUGCGCCGCCGACCGUUGGCAGAGCGCAUCGCAUCCUACUUAAACCCUCUGGACUUUCUCUUGUGGCUUUCUGAGGAGAUUGACACCCAUGACUGGGAUCAAUUCGAGAAGGACUGGGCAUUGCCGCUUGGCAUUAUCCUGAAUCUGGCUUUCCUUGUCGCUCGCGCCAAUAGUCAAACAGCAGGCAGUCAAGCUAUAGAUGAUGUUUUUGGGGACGAUGAAAGUACACCUUGGCUGAGUUGGCUGGUCUCCUUUGUUGUUCACUUCCUUACGACAUUGUCUGUAUUCAACGCCUUUUAUACCUUCUAUCGAAAACGCCUCUACCGCCUGUUCGAAGCCUCGAUUGAUCGUGCCCCCGCAACACCAUCCGCGCAUCGAGUGCGAGUCGACUCAACCCCCACAACGGCAUCCCCCUUGCGGUAUUUGGCCGACGCAGUUUCUGGAUCGGCGCAAUCGAGAGCGCACCCAGAUGCUCAACGUGAUGUCUGGGAGCUCGCUGUUUGGGAUCCAUUCCCUCUUUGCAUUCGUCUCUUCUGCCUGUUUAGCCCUGGCCAUGUCCUAGUCUAUUGGCUCUUCUUACCUACCCAUGUGUCCGAUCCCCGCCCAAGCGUGACUAUCGUGACCACUCUCUUCCUGGCAGCCCUGCUUUCUGUGCAGAUGACAUUCCUGUCCUCAUCCUACACUCAGCAAGCGAAGGACUCUAUGCUGGUUCACAAGGAAGUUCUCCGUGAAUAUGACACCAAAUUCGUGCAUCCUCGGACUCAACCUCUAAUGAGGGAUGUUGGAACUCAAUUCUCUGAGUCCGAUGCUGAUGUCAAGCACAACAAGGUUGACACAUUCACGCCAACCUUUGUCAUUAAUCGAGAAUUCAAGACCAGUCCAAAUCCUAACUACAUUAAACAUAUCGACCCGGAAGGAAUCUCGUCGGGACAGAGAUCCGCAGUCGCUACACCUAGUGGACCUACGUAUCGCUCAAAUGCCCUACAAACCCCUAGUCAUCUACGUGAUGCCUCUCCCGUUGUCCGCAACCCAGUUGCAUCGAUCCGUCAGCCUCAAUUUCGACGAACUCCUACCAGCACAGGCGAUGGAGGUAGCCUCGGUGUCUACUCUCAUGCCAAUUCUCCUCUCCGAAAGUCCGUGUCGGCGAAUUUGGAUCGUCGACUCCAGAAUAAUGGAGACUUCUUCUACAAGGAGCGUGGUACAAGCGCAAUGAAGAGACAGUCCAGUCCACUCAAACGGAGCAAUAUUCCUGGGGACGAAAGUCCAGCCACACCAGGUCCCAGACGGAGUCAGGUUGGCGCACGACGUGAAACAACUCAUUUUCUGUUGUAA